UCCGUGAUAGUAUCACACUGUGCUUGCCCCAACACGCCGCAUCCAACAUGGCGGCCGCAUCUGAACUCGCUGCCUUUGCUGUUGGCGAGAUUUCUCAAGUGUUAUCAACUGAGAAGAAGAGUAAAAAGAAGAAAGCUGACGAAACCAGCAAUUUAUCGAGUCUAUUUAGCGUCGUUCAGGCUCAGAAACCGGUGUUUAUGAAAGUCGCCCCGACGCAAAAGAAAAUAAAGGAGACCACAGAUGAGAUCAAAAGAGAUGCUGAUUCUCAAAAUAAAACGGCAAAGAGAAGAAAAGAUGAUGACAUUGAUUCUAAAAAUGAAACAGGUGAUUUGCCAGUAGAAUUAUCCGAGAAGCCUUCAAGUAACAGGGAAGCAGCAAUGAAUAGAAUAAACAAGAAGAACCCCACCCCUACCCCUGAAGACCCUGAGAGACUAGACAGGACAGUGUUUGUUGGCAAUCUCCCACUCACACUUAAAAAGAAGGCAUUAAAGAAAUAUUUUUCCAAGUAUGGGGAAGUAGAAAGUGUCCGUUUUAGAUCAGCGGCAUUAGCAAAGCCCAAUCUUUCAAGAAAGGUCGGAAUGAAAAGAAAAGAGUUCCACUCUGAGCGGCACACGCUUAAUGGCUAUGUGGUGUACAAGACUGCAGAGAAUGCCAACCAGGCGAUAGCCAGCAAUGGCGAGGAGAUAGAUGGAUUUCACAUCCGUGUGGACUUGGCCUCUAAUGACAAGGCUCAUGAUCAUCAAAGGUCUGUGUUUAUAGGAAAUCUACCAUUUGAUAUUGAGGAAGAGCCUCUGAGGGAGCUGUUCACCACUUGUGGCAAUGUGGAGUCCGUUCGGCUGAUCAGAGAUAGGAAAACUGGCAUUGGAAAAGGCUUUGGAUAUGUCUUGUUUGAGAGUAAAGAUGCUGUGGUCUUUGCCCUUAAAAUGAACAAUGCCGAAUUCAAAGGGAGAAAAAUCAGAGUUUUUCCCUCCAAAGACAAACCGCAAACUGGUUGGACAUGCAACUGCAUUAAGCAAGUACUUUCGGUCAGAUUCAGAGACAACGCAAACCCAAGCCUCAAGGCCACUCAUUUAGUGGAAUCAAAGCCUCACAACACAAGAAAGACAGCAAGAAAAAGACAAAACACAGACAAAAGGGACCCCCUGGGAAAGGCUUCUCUGGCAGGAAACCCAAAUUUCCAGGAAAAAGAAAAAACUUUGACAAAGGGGACACUAAUCAAAACAGAACUAUGGCAAAAGGUCCACAGCGGAAUAAACAGCAAAAGCGACCUGCUGCUAAGGACAGUACUCACAAAAAUACAAAGAGGAGAAAAACAUAGCAAUAAAUUAAUGUCACUAAAAAACAGUAGGAUAGUGAGGCCAUGAUCAAUUCUCAGAGUCCUUAUUUCAGCCUAACCCUCCCCCAUUCAGAACUUCAGAGCUUGCUUUGUGUGAACAAGAAUCCCUGUUGAAUAAACCCUUUACAAUAGACGGCCCUUUUUUAACAUAACAACAACAAAAAACUCGAGGCAUUUUUGGGUGGGACUGUUAUCUUUCAACAGUUAAAAAGUACCUCGUUGCAAUAAUUGAUGUUCAGAUAUAUUUUUAUAGAUUUUCUGGAUGUUUUUUUGUGUUUUCUAAUCAUGAUGAACACAUACCUGCCAACUUUCUUGGUACAUCUCCCAGGUCAAGUUAUUGCAAUUCUCUCAUACAGUUGCUGUAUUUUUAAUAAAAACACUCAAUUUUCUGGU